GAGCCGCGAGAACAGGAAAGAUACCGUUUAUACCUUGGAGUGCUCUGUUCUUCGGAAGUAGCCGACACUCGCAUUCUCCCAGGGCUUAGGUGCAGCGGUACACGCUGUGGGGGCAGAGAAGCUAGGCCAGGUCGCGGCCUUGUGAAGGGUGUGGAUAAGGCUGUGAGGACUGCCCACUUCUCCCAGGCCGAGUAGGGCUCCUGGAGCCCGGGAGAGGGGCCACGUGGACGUCUGUAGAGACAGGCCUCGAACCGGGCUGCUAUGAAGAGUGACCCGUCGACAGCUGCAGCUCCCCUUAGGGGGGCCGGGGGUGCCCUAAGCAGCAGCGAAACGGGGCGCGUCGUCCUGUCGCCGGCGGCAGCCGCGGCUCUACUGGAGGAGGCGGCCGAUCACUUAGUGGUGCACCUGGACUUCCGGGAGGCGCUGCACACCUGCGAGCGAGCCGGCCAGAGCCUGAGCAACUACGCCCAGGCUGACUGGCCUGUGGGCACUUCCUUAGAGGUGAAAUGCUCCUUGUGCGUUGUGGGGAUCCAGGCCCUGGCAGAAAUGGAUCGGUGGCGGGAAGUUAUUUCCUGGGUUCUUCAGUAUUACCAGGUCCCUGAAAAGCUACCCCCCAAAGUCCUGGAGCUGUGUGUUCUUUUAUACAGCAAAAUGCAAGAGCCUGGAGCCAUGCUAGAAGCGGCCAGUGCCUGGAUCCAAGACCCAGACAAUCAGGCCCUUCCAGAAUACAGAGCCUUGGCAGAACUUUACCUGCAGCAGGUGCUACUGCCUCUGGGCUGCUUGUCGGAGGCUGAGGAGCUAGUGGUGGGCUCUGCAGCCUUCAGUGAGGAGCAACGGCUGGAUGUACUCCAGGUCAUCAGCAUAGCAAGGCAACAGCAGAAACAUGAACACUCUGACUCUGAGAAGGACCAGAAGCUAAACCAGGAAGACUCCUUCCACAAGUUUCUGUCACUACUAAUGUUGCUUCGCCGGCUUUGGGACUCUGCAGUGAGCCACUUCGUUUCCCUGCCCUUCAAAAAGAGCCUCCUGGCCACCUUGAUUCUCUGCCUCUUGGUGGUGAGGUUUGAUCCAGCGUCUCCUUCUUCCCUGCCCUUCCUCUGCAAGCUGGCUCAGCUCUUCCAUUGGAUCCGGGAGGCUAUGUUUUCUUCUCUCUACUAGCUCUCCAUCCGUGACUGAGUGGUCUUUCCCACUCACCUCAGCCUCUCCACUCCCCACAGCAGAAUAACUCAUCCACGGCACCAAUUUCCUGUUGCUGGCUGGGCCCCUAUGGGAGUGGGGCCAGCUUAAUUCUAGGAAGAGCUAAUCCAAUCUGUGUCUUUUUUU